AUGGCCCCUCCACUUCUCCGAUUACUAGAAACUAUCCUCAUCGACUGUGGAGACGAACACAACUCCAGAGAGGUUAUCACCAUGGCGCAAUCCAUGGGCCUUUUUCAUACCAUGGCAGAAGCCAUGGGUCUUCACGCAUUCGGUACAGUUGAUGACGACUUUCUGUUAUCUUUCUAUCCUGCAAAUCGCCCACUUUGCAAUUAUGCCAUCACGAAACUCAUAUAUCCAGAAGUCAUUGAUUCAAAUAGCCGAUUCGAAACCAGUCACAUCACAUCGACGAUACCAUCGAAAUGGGCAGGGACAACAUGGGACUAUACUGCAAAAAUGAUAAUUCACAAUCUCGACCAGAUGGGUAUUGAUUGGGCGUCCGUUGAAUGCUUUCAGAGCGAGGGUGAAAGGGCAGGGGUGAGGUGCACAGAAAUUACAGUGGUUAUUACUGCCUACAGUCUGCCGAUGGUCAAUUGGGCGUUUUUAAAAUCCAUACAGGAAAUCCAUGCGAUGAUGGGAGCUCGUGUUGAGAUACGCGUUGGCAAACUGGAGCGACAUGAUGGUGUGGUGUCUGAUAGUUUCACCGACCAGACCUUUCUACCACCUGGGAGUAAUGUUUCAUUCCACUAUAUCAUGGGGGAAUACACCGGGGGGACAGUUGGGGGUAUUAUCGAGCUGGUUGACGGUGAUGGCACUUGUCAGAAGCUAUGUGCAUUGACUUGCCACUCCUAUUUACCUAUGUCUGGAAGUUCAUUAAAAAUAGAUGUUGGAGCUGCAUCGGAUUUCACCCGUAUAUCCGUGGCGCAAUACGAGACUCUCGCGUGCUCCUACCCAAACUGUCAUUCAUGGUUUGAACAACUCCGUGACGCCUUCAGGGAUUUGAAAUGGCUCAGAACGGAGAUUGAACAGAUCAAAAGUGAUUGGAAUCCCGAUUGGGAACCCAAUGUUAUGGCUGAUCAACGUGCCUACCUCCAAUCUAAGAAAGAUGAGGAACGAAAGAGAAAGCAGAUCAUUUCUGAUGAUAGUCUUGCUAUCGGUACUGUCUGUGCAUCUUCCGGUUCACGCGUAUCUCUAAAUCAUCAUCUUGACUGGGCCCUUGUUACCCUGGACAAAGGCCGGGCACGAUCUGACAAUACAAACAUGAUUCGAGAGUCGUUGUCAUUCAGCCAAAUCAAGAUGCCGCUAACCAGCACAGAAACUCUCAAACCUGGAUCUGUUGUCUACAAGGCAAAAUACCCAGAUCUCACAAAUGGUCACGUCAGCUACACCAAGAGCUAUGUGCGUUACCACACCGAACAAAACGGCAGAAUAAUAGUAGCGCCAGAAUGGGCACUAAUUCCAAGUCGAACCCACAAACAAUUCAGUGAGCCGAAAGAUUGCGGUGCGUGGGUUGUGGAUCGCGUUGACAAUACGGUUGUGGGAGUGAUAUAUGCAAUGAACACUGCAACUGGCGUGGCUUAUAUCACCCCCAUACAGGAGAUAUUUGAUGAUAUUGAAAAGGAUACCGGGUUUACUGUUCGUUUGCCUAAGGGUCUGGAUGCUAGCUAG